CAGUUUACAGUCUACUAACCAGCACUCGGCAGUAUACCUUUCAUUAGUCAUCACAGUGGACCGUGUCGCUGCCGUAUAUUUAUUUUAAUGGUCACCAAUAUCAUUUUAUUUAUGCACUCGACUUCUUAUACGUAUAACCCGGUAUUGGUACAUAAUAUACGACACGCAAAAUGUACCGAAAUAUUUACAAUCAACUAACGAACCCCACGUGAGAACUCAUCAAAUCGCGUACUACCUGUAUAACAAUAAUAAUAUAUACACCUAUUGUGGGAGAGAAAAAGACAAGAGAAACUACAAACAUAGAAAAUGACGAGCGAGCGAAACAUACCACAUUUGAGGGACAUAUUCGGCGGGGUCGAUGACGACGACGACGGACUGCCAAACGAGCUGCGGCGGUUGGACGUGAAGAGCGACGAUCGAAAUUCGUUGGGUGGCGUCAGUGCGGCCGGCACCGACAGCGCCAUAUCGAUGGGCUCGGCCAGCGAGGAGGACUUGUUGCCGGCCAAGGGGUCCAAGAAGAAACGGCACAAGAGCGGCGGAAGCCGGCAGACCAAGUGCGCAGCCACGUUCGAGGACGACGUGAAGCACCUGGAACGUCACCUGUCCAUGAAGAAAACCAUCAGGAAGAAAAUCAUGCGAGAUCUGCAACAAGCGUUCGUCGAGGACCCGGACGAGUUCAAAGUGGAAAACAUACCGCCGGAGCAGCUCAAGGCAGAACUCAACUCCAGGAGUCUGAGCUUCGGCAUGCCUGGCAAAAAGAAAGGAAAAAUGAAGUCAGAAUCGAAUUUUCUAGACUUUUUACGCGGAGGAAACGACUCAACAAUGRCCGGCCGUCGUUACAACGCGGACGAAAGCGAUUCUGGACACGGGUCACCGACCAGAGAACUGGACGAUGACGAACCUUCGAUACGGAAACCAAGCUUUUGGAGACGUUUUACCAUAAAGGGCGCGAGGAACAAGCGGUAGGCGCGAAUACCGUUUGAGCGCAUAAAUAACACUGUGAUCCUUAAAAGUUAAAACCUAUUAUUAUUAAUAUCAUUAUUUUAGAUUUUUUUUUUAUAUAUAUAUCACGUAAGAUUGUAUGUGCGUACCUAUGCGGUCUAUUUUCGUCUUGUCAUCAUGAAUAAUGCUAAUAUCUUUCAUAAUCCGGUGGACAGUCGUUGAUGUGAACUGUUCAAACCAAUCUAAGUGUCAUUAGACUACUGAUAUCAAACCUUUUCCAUUUUAUAAGUACAGAUUUACGAUUGGAUUUUUUUCUACAAUAGCCUAUGAUGUAUUUUGAUACAAAAUAUUUUUCUAUAAUCUUUGUAUGUAUGUACGUAGGUACUUAAUAAACAUGUAAUAUUUAAUUCAAUUUUUGUAUAUUUUUUUUUUUUUAUAUAAACAUUAGUAAGUACCUACUAAGUAGUUUGUUGGUCCAUGAUUCUGAUCCAUGCUGAUUUAAGAAGUUAAGUAUAUUGAUUACAAAUUAUUGAUAAACAAUUUUCAAAAACAUAAGGAAUGAUUAUAUAACAUAUUCAAUUCUUUGAUACACUCGAGCAAUAAAUUUAUGUUAAAAACAAACACUUAAUAAAAUCUUAUAAUUAAUUUAGUUCACCAUUUUAUAUUAUUGUAAAAGCAAAAUAUUGUGUAAUUCGUUGUAGAACUAAGAUAAAUGUUGUGGUUAUAGAUCAAUUUCAAUAUAGUUUUAACUAUGAUAAACC